AUGAGCGACGGUCAGGCGCGUCGUCGCGAUGAGGCCGAUGCUCUCUUGGCAAUUUUCGGUGAGGAUUUCCUCGAAUUGUCUGGCAACUCAGAGUGGCGAUUUCAAUAUCGUGCAGAUUCAGAAACAGCUGUCGCUACCCUGAUUUGUCAUCUGCCAGACGACUACCCGUCGUGCUCGCCGCCAGUGCUGGUUCUGGAUGGACCUCGUAGACCAACUGAGGAUUCAGAAGCUUGCGGUCAGUUCCUCACGAGUUUUGUGCCCGGACAGGAAUUCGGGUUAAGGUUGGGCGAGUUUUUUUUUUUUUUGAAUUCUGCAGUGACAACUACAAUGUUGGAGAUUCGUCCGAUGUGCAAGUUCGAGGUGCUGCUGGUACAGAGAGCCAGCAGGCAUCACACGUCACUGAGGCACAGGCUACGCCCGCUACUGAUACCGGUAUCAUUACCGAGGCAGUGGUCGACCUUGGAUCAGAUUGUGGCGUGGUGA